AUGGUCGCCCACGACACACGCAUGGUCGCCUACCUGGCCGGCUACUUGCGGGCGUACAGCCCGCUGAUGGCCCGCCUGGUGGUGCGCGAGGCGGGUAGCGGGCCGCCGCCGUUCUUCGCAACCGGCGAGGUGGAGUACGCCAGGGACGAUCCCAACGGGACCAUGUACGGGAUGGUGCAGUGCAUGAGGGACGUCACGGCGGCGGACUGCGGCCAAAGCCUGCAGGGCCUCGGUGCCGCGGCUACCUGCAAAUUGGGCGGUUCUCACAUCGUGCUGGCCUACAACUGCUUCCUGAGGAUCCAGGUGUACACCUACUACGACCCGGCGCUCGACGCGCCGCCUGGACUCUGGAGGCAGGCAAGGCGAAAAGGUCUCAAAGUCGAGCGCUCCACAGCGAGGAGAAGGGCCAGGGACGACGACCGCAGCACGAGCUACGUUCACCCGGAGAAGUUCACGCUGCGGGUGCUGAGGGCGGCAACCGGCAACUUCGCUGUGGAAAAUAAGCUGGGAGAGGGAGGAUUUGGAGAAGUUUUCAAGGGCAUUCUUCAGGAUGGGCAGGCCGUCGCGGUGAAGAGGCUCUCCCAGGGCUUCCACGAGCUGAAAAACGAGCUGAUCCUCGCCAGCAAGCUGAAGCACAGGAACCUCGUGCAGCUUCUCGGGGUCUGCCUGGAGGAGACGGAGAAGCUCAUCGUGUACGAGUACCUGCCGAACCGGAGCCUGGACGACGCCCUCUUCGGCACGCGCGCAGCAGCCACAGAUGCAGGGAGACGGCAGCAGCGGCAAGCUGCGCUGGACUGGAGCAGGAGAUACGCGAUCAUCCGCGGGAUCGCGCGCGGCCUGCUGUACCUCCACGAGGAGUCCCAGCUGCGGAUCGUCCACCGUGACCUCAAGCCCAGCAACGUCCUCCUGGACUCGGACCUGAGCCCCAAGAUCUCGGAUUUCGGCCUGGCCAGGCCGUUCUGGGGAGACGAGACCAGGGAGGUGACGAAGCGACCGGUUGGGACACUUGGGUACAUGUUGUCGCCGGAGUACGCGUACUACGGGCACGUCUCGACCAAAUCGGACAUGUUCGGCUUCGGGGUGAUCGUCCUCGAGAUCGUCACCGGUCGGAGGAGCACCAGCGCAUGCGCUGAAGAAGAUGGCUGCAGCAAUCUGCUGAGCUACGUGUGGGAGAAGUGGAGGCGCGGGUCGGUGGCGGACGUCGUGGACACGUCGCUGGGCGGCCGGUACGCCCGGGCCGAGGCGCUCGCCUGCGCGCAGGUCGGGCUCCUGUGCGUGCAGAAGGACCCCGGCUCCAGGCCCGACGCGUCGGCCGUCGUCCUCAUGCUGGACGGCCAGUCCGCGAUCCAGCAGAGGCCCUCCCGGCCGGUGUUCUGCGACGCGUCCGCGUGCGCCGCCGCCCGCGGAGGUGGAGUGCGUCGUUACGGGCGUCGUCUCGCGGCUGAUCCUCCUGUCUCGGAGAACGGCGUCACGGUUUCGGAUCUCCAGCCGAGGUAG